AGCGGAAGAGUUAUAGACCGCUAACACCUGUCACUGGCCACUGGUUUCCCGGAGUUAGCGGCAACGACCUUGCAGCCUGGACACUAGCCAGGCGCUCCCUCUUCUCACAGCGGCCCACGUCUCCUUGCUUGGGAGCCCAUCGUCCUGGCUCCGGUGGCCUCGCUGGGUCUCGGGGAGGCAGAGGACUGUUCUUUCCUGUGGCGAAAAGCCGGAGUCGGCCCUAGACACCCACGACUCGCAGGGUCCGUGGUUCCGGAGGCCGUGAGACCUGCCGGGGCUGACAGGUGCCAGGGCCCAUGGUGCGGGAGCCUGUGUGCUCAGCCUUCUUGCGGACGCUGUCCCCACCCUACUCCGGACCGCCCCAAAGACUCCAUGGGAUGGACCUGAGUCAGCCGAAUCCCAGCCCCUUCCCUUGGGCCUGCUGUGGUGCUCGACAUCAGUGACAGACGGAAGCAGCAGACCAUCAAGGCCACGGGAGGCCCGGGGUGCUUGCGAAGAUGAAGUUUGGCUGCCUCUCCUUCCGGCAGCCUUAUGCUGGCUUUGUCUUAAAUGGAAUCAAGACUGUGGAGACGCGCUGGCGUCCUCUGCUGAGCAGCCAGCGGAACUGUACCAUCGCUGUCCACAUUGCUCACAGGAACUGGGAAGGCGAUGCCUGGCAGGAGCUGCUGGUGGAGAGACUCGGGAUGACUCCUGCUCAGAUUCAGGCCUUACUCAGGGAAGGGGAAAAGUUUGGUCGAGGAGUGAUAGCGGGACUCGUUGACAUUGGGGAAACUUUGCAAUGCCCCGAAGACUUAACUCCCGAUGAGGUUGUGGAACUGGAAAAUCAAGCUGUACUGACCAACCUGAAGCAGAAGUACCUGACUGUGAUUUCAAACCCCAGGUGGUUACUGGAGCCCAUACCUAGGAAAGGAGGCAAGGAUGUAUUCCAGCAAAGUUUCUAGUUGUUAUCCAUGAGGAUGAUGGGCAUUUCCCCCCAGGAAUUGACUGCAGUGGCCCUUCUCUUCUGAGCCAGGAUGUUAUGGUGGUUGUACAUCCCAUGGCAGAUGGGGUGGCCUGACUUUCAAGUGGGCCUCUUUGGAGGCCCCUGGAUGCUAGGCUAGGGAUGCUGAGCUGCUGACCAGACACUUCCUGGCAACAUUGGGAGGGACCCAUGAGGAAACAAUCUCCUGUUUGAAGAUACAGGAAGAUAUUGCCGGAAUCAGGCGUCUAUUCUUUCUCCUGACCAGCAGGCCAAUCUCAGGGGACCAGGUCUUCCUGGGCUUGGCCUCGACACUUCCUAGCAACAUCCUUUGCUGAGUGUGUGAAAAUGCUGCUUCUCCAAAUAAACAAGGACAAUGGGGACCAAAGCCUGUCUUGGACAGGAUUUCCAGCCUCCCCUGGUUUCUGCCAAUGAGAUGUAUAUAAUAUAGAAGGUUGAAAAAAACACAGACAACAGUUCUCAUUUAAAUUGUUUAUUAUUUAUUUCCAUGGAAUUUUGUUUUUCUUUAUUAAGACCAAAAAUGUGUUUCUCAUUAAAAAAUGGCAACUUUUAUGGGCCAUUAGUGGCCUGUGAGUUCACGAAUUCGCAGUGUUUCUGAACUGUUCACAGAGUCUACACUUGUAAUCUGAGGAGCCUUCCUACUCCUCCUCAUCGUCAGAGGGCUCAUUUGGAGACAUGACUGAGAGGGAGGCCAACAGAGCGUAGUAACAGAUAUUGUACAAAGACAUUUCACUACCAUUAUCUGAGUAAACCAGACUACUAGGAAUCCCUGUGCCUUCCAUCCAGGUAGUAGCCGAAGAUGUAAAUGUGACAUUCCCAGAGGUGCCCUCCCAACUUGGGCCAUUUGGUUCCUGAGGGGGCCCAUUUCCCAGGGGAUGCCUAGUGGCACUCUUCUUGGACCACAUGCCAGAGCGCCUGAAGGACUGGGUGCCACUGGGCCCCUGAACACUGGGGGCUCCCUGCUGACACAUUUUGAUUGCUGCUUUCCUGGCAUUGAUGUGAUAGAUACGUAGGGAGCGUCUUGUAGCUACCAGAUUCUUUCUCUUUGUAGUUGGGACACGGGUCGCUUGCUGAGCGGUGUUUCUGCGGGCAUCCUUUCUCUGGAUAUUCUCCAGGAGCCUGGGCUUGUCUCUCUGAAAAUUGGAGUUGCAGUAGAUCUGAAACAAAAUGAAACAUGUUAGUUGUUCUGGGAUAAAUUAUUCCUUUCCCACCUCUCAAAAUUAUGAUUUUGUUUUGCAAUGGAGAAAAGAAUGCUUUAAGUGGCAGCAAGUGUGGUUAUGCUCUACAGCAUGACCUGACUAAAGAUAAACAAUUCAUGGAUCAAGGCAGUAAUAUAUAAAUAGCAUGGAUUUUGAUAUUAAACUGCAACCCCGUAGAGGUAAUAUGCAGGUCUGCAAAAGAUGAUGCUUACAUUAUCUCUAAGGGGGUUGUAGUUUAAUAUCAAAAUCCAUACUUUUUAAGUUCUAUACUUUUCAUCUUUCAAUAAACAAUAUUUCACAUUUUCAAAUGCUAUCUUUGACACUUAAGCUCUUACAGUAUAUUAUUUAAAUUGGUGUCCUAUGAAGAUAUGUUUGAGAAAGAGAGAAAAGGGAUUACAGAAAUGCUUUCUACUUUACCAUCAUUUUCUUGUUUCCUGGAGAGUUGCUUGGGCGUGUUUUGCAGAAUCCAUAGAGGUUCAGCUGGCGAAUGAAACUCGUCAAGCUGUCUGUUUUGAAGAUCCUCUCUGCACCUCUCCGUUGAAGAACCUCCCUCUGGAAGAGAUCCUUGUCGAUGAUCACGGCGUCUCCAUCAUCGUUCCAGCUCACAGACUUGAAUGUGUCUUCCUCCACAAUCGUCCAAAGCUUUCUUGGGAAGAAGAGCCUAAAAAGGUUGUGGUUGUCUUCCACGUUGACCACGCGUUGGUUUCGGUCUUCUGGUGGUGAGUUAUCUUGGGAGCCUGGAUCUUGGCUCAUGGCUUGGUCCUCGUGCCUGUCCAAAACCUCGCUGGAAUCUGGAUUUGGAUCAGGUGAAGAACCAGAUGGGCCCCCGCUUGUUGGCUCUCCACCAACAGAUGGGGCCAGCUUGGCUUCAUAUUCCUGUUCAGUGUUCUGACUCGCCAUGGAGCUACACCAGAAUCAGGAGCAUUUUGUACCCAAGGCCCUUAUCACUGUCCUAGCAAGUCCAAAAUGCCUUCAGUCAGAGUAGGCGUGCCCAAUAAAUACUGUCCACAAAAUUCUAGAGUCUCGGUAUCAGGGCAACCAGUGGCUUAACUCAUCAUCUGCUGUAUUUGUCACAUGAUGUCACAAAGGUGACUCUCAGCCAAUCUGGAGAGGGGGCCCUGGCCAGGUGUUGGGGGAGUAGACAGGUGGCAUGGCCUUCAGCUUCUCCCUCUUCUAAAAGUAUAAACAGGCAUGGUUCAAGUUCCCAGAAAAGUCUCCCAUCUUCUGACAGUCACAUUGUGUCAUAGGGCCAGGCCCCAGAUGAGCUGAGAAACCAUGGCUCUAUGGCCACUCCCAACCCUGAAGACAGGGGAGGCCAUUUGCUGGCCUCUAAUUUGCUCAAGAGCCAGCCCCUAGUUAUCCCUAGCUUGGGUUUCACCAAGACUGCCUGACUCAGAUGGACCCCUCAUGGGUGACUGCCUUCUAGGAGAUGGUGGUCCCUACCAGGCUGUUUGGCCUGAUCUGUGUGGUAGCACCCCUCUUUUCCAAUCCCCCCCCCCAUCUCCUUCCUGCUUUGGUCUCUUCCAGGUACUCCUAAUGAUUGGUUGGAUGUGCUCCAGUGGGCCCAGAUAAAGUGUUUCUUAUUCCCCUUGGUCAAGUUGUCCCCAGAGUGGUGCUGUGCCUGAGCAUGGUGGGAGCACUCCCCUCACUCCUCUACCACUGUGUUACCCAGAGCACCAUUUGUGGUUGGAUGGCCACAUCCUCAGCUGUGCUUUGGAGUCUCCUGUGGAGCUCUGCUUGCCCCUGCAUCUCACCCUCUUGCAGAUCACAACAGGAGAUUACCUUUAGUUUCAUUUUUGCCCAUAAAUACUGUUUUCAUUGCCCAAGACAUGUUCAUUUCUGAGGCCUGCUUUACACAGACUAGCCUAAGAAAAGUUUCUGCUUGUCUAGUUAGACCUGAUUAAAGUAAUCCAUCACAAAA